AUGAUUAUUCUUGUUAUACAGUGUAAAAACAAGGAAAAACUUAUUCGAUACGGAUUGUUGAAAAAAGUAACCACAGAUAUUCAUACACACACGAAAAAAAAGAAAAGGGGUGGGGGAAAUCUUCGCUUCUUGCCUUCUGCUGCCUUACGAAGAGACAUGGCGAAGAAUUUCCUCCUGGGAAGUGAUGCUUGCUUGCUCUGCCUCCGUCUGAACCACCGUUUGCACUUUCAAAGAGCACCCAAAACGGACCAGUGUUCACCUGAAAGUGGUAACCACUGGCAGAAUAUUUUAGUCUCUCAGCUUUCUUGGUUUAUUUUAUUUUGUUUUUGUUUUCCGUACAGGGCAAAAGAAUUUUCUGUAAUAGGACCGGGAGAUUUCAAGCGGACCAUCCCGUCCUUAGGAAAAGAGUCUCGGACCAAUGGCUUUCAAGUCACAAUUUCUGCCCUUUCGCAUUUGCUUUUUUAA